UAUAUGAUAUAAAUACUAGAAGUUCAUUGACGAACACACAGUCGUAUUGUGUUUGUUUUAUACUAAAUUACUUGCUUCUUUUUUUUUGGAUUUUGUUGUGGUAGUGUUUUUUUUUUGUAAGAAACCAUGGCUAGUCUUCUGUACAUUGUUUUUGCCUGUGUGCUGGCUAGUAUAGCGGCUCAUCCUUCUCCAACUGGCAAGAGUUAUUACUCAUACCCAUUCAACUACGUCUCCCGUGACACAUGGGGUGCUCGGCCGCCGAACGGCGUGACUCCUCUAAACUUGCCAGUUCCAUACGUGGUGGUACAUCACAGCUACAUCCCACCUCUUUGCCACACGCAAGACCAGUGCAAGCGUGACAUGAGAGCCAUGCAGGAUGUUCACCAGCUCGUCAAUGGAUGGCAGGAUAUUGGAUACAAUUUUGCCGUAGGAGGCGAGGGCUCAGUAUACGAGGGCCGUGGAUGGGACGUGGUCGGCGCACACGCAGUCUCAUACAACGUCAAGAGUAUUGGCAUCUGUAUGAUCGGUGACUUCGUCGAAAAUCUGCCCCCAGCGGCUCAAAUUCAGUCUCUCCGAGAACUGAUAGAAGCUGGAGUGCAGCUUGGCUACAUCAGUCCUGACUACAAGCUCAUAGGCCAUCGUCAGGUGUCUGCCACAGAAUGCCCCGGUCAGGCUCUCUUCAACGAAAUCUCUACUUGGGACCAUUUCACACCGGAACUGUAAUUCAAGGCUCAAACAAAAGAAUUAUACUUUGGAACCUACACGUACAAAUACUGUGAUUUUAUUUGAAUAAGUAAAACGACUGUUAUCUGUUAAAA